ACUGACGUGUCCAUCCAAACUUCAUUAAACACUUGCACAGUGUACGUUCUUGUACCGGUAAAUGUAACAAUGAGAAUAUCUCAAUUACUAACACCUUUUAUACGUAGUUAUUUAUUUAUUGUAUUUAUAGUAAUAAGUCAAAUUUUAUCAUCUGAAGUUCCUAGGCCUAGAGGUGUUUCGCUUUCCAGAGCAUCUUUAUAUAACCCUGAAAAGGAUUUCAAGUGUUUUGAUGGAAGCUUAAUCAUUCCCUUUACACAAAUAAAUGAUGAUUAUUGUGAUUGCCCAGAUGGUAGUGAUGAACCAGGAACCGCGGCAUGUCCUAAUGGAGUUUUCCACUGCACAAACGGGGGUCACAAACCCCUAAAUCUACAUUCGUCUAGAGUGAACGAUGGGGUAUGUGAUUGUUGCGACGGAACAGAUGAAUAUUUACACAAACACGUGAAAUGUGUGAAUAACUGUUUCGAACUAGGUCAAUCUGCUAGGGAGGAAGCACAAAGACAGGCUGAAUUGUUAAAAAUUGGCAGUCAAAUACGAUUAGAGUUCAGUCAAAAAGGUAUACAAUUAAAGCAAGAGAAAAAGGAUAAAUUAAGUGAUUUAUUAAAACAAGAUGCAGAAGCGCAACACAUAGUUCAAGAAAAGGAGGCGCUUAAAAAAGAGGCGGAAGAUUUAGAAAAUCAAGUGCUUGAGCAGUACAGAAAGAUUGAAGAGGAAAAUAGAAAGCAAAAGCUAGAGGAAGAAUUGGCUAGCACAAGACCUGAAGCGAUCGACACAUUCAGAAAGUUUGAUACAAAUCAAGAUGGUUUAGUCGAUGUUAUGGAAAUUCAAGCCCACUCCACUUUUGAUAAGGACCGUAAUGGGGAAGUUUCUGAGGAGGAAGCCAAGUACUUUUUAGAUGAGCAAAGUAGCGUAGAUGAAGAAACUUUUGUAACGACAGCAUGGUCUCUCAUCAAACCGUUCUUAAUGGUAGAAGAAUCAAUAUUUAAGCCCCCUGUUGGUGACGCAGGUGAUAAAGAAGAAGAACACGGUGAUGAAACUGAUGCUAGUGAUCUGGAACCACCAGAAGAUGCAGAUGACAAGGAAGAGUCAGAAGGUGAUGCUGAUGACGAAGAGGAGGAAGAAGGACAUGUUGCCGAGGAAGCAAAACCUCCUCCACCUCCUUCUCCAAAAUAUGAUGAUGAAACGCAAAAAAUAGUGGAUGCGGCCAGUAAUGCUCGAACAGAAUAUCACUCCGCCAACGAUGCUGCAUCAAAAAUUAAAUCGGAGAUAAACGACGUUGAACAGUAUUUGAAAACUGACUUCGGAGUAGACGACGAAUUUGCCAUUUUGGAAAGUGAAUGCUUUGAAUAUACAGAUCACGAGUAUAUUUACAAAUUAUGUCCGUUUAACAAAGUCAUUCAGCAACCAAAGUCGAGUUCUCUCGAAACUCAUUUAGGAAAAUGGGGCGAAUGGAUAGGAGUAGAAAAUAAAUAUUCAGUCAUGCACUUCACCGGUGGUCAGUCGUGCUGGAACGGUCCAGAGCGAUCGACAAAAGUACGAGUUGUGUGCGGUAGUGAAAAUAAAGUGACAGCGGUCACUGAACCUAAUAAAUGUGAAUACCAGUUUGAUUUUACAACACCAGCAGCUUGCAGAGAAUCAAUGACAGAUAGUGAGCACGAAAUUCAUGAUGAAUUAUAAUAGACUAAUAGAGUAUUAAUUUUUAUGGGGGAACAUUAUUAUACGUAUUUUUUUAUUGCGUGCUAGAUAAAUUAUUCUACAGGUUUUAUUCUACACAUUUGAUUUACAGUGAAUAAAUAGUAUUGGGUAAUUAUUUAAAUUUUGCUGUCUAUAAUUGUAAAAUUUAGGAAUAUGAAGGCUAAGUAAGUUGAUUUUUGAAAAAUAAACAUUCGAUACUUUUAA